GCUGUUAAGGUUUCUAUACUCUUUCUCAUUCACCUCACGACCGUCGCCGGUCGCUGUCGUAUGACGUACUACCGCAGCACGCCGUCCGUUAUUUUGUAAUAGAAUCGUACUUCGCUUAUUUAACGCGCGCGUUUUUUUUUCCCUAGAUCUUCGUCGAUAAUAUUAUCGUCACAGUUUGUCACCGCCGCUAUGAUAGCAAUGAUCUAGCUGAACUCCAACGCCGCCGUCCGUAGCGUCCGGUGGUUUGCGUGGGAUGCGCCCCAAGUUGUCUUCGUCGUUGUCGUCUUCGUCUUCGCCAUGGUGGUCGUGGGCUGCCGCAGAAGGAUUCGCCGUGGACUGCCGUGGGCGAUUGCCGUCCUAGUCACGUCAUGCCUAUUGCUGUGGUCGAAAAACGAUGAUCCCGCGGAGACGGUCGACCAGGCUGCCUCUGAAGACGACGACUGGGUGUCUCUGAGAUUAAAAAGAGACCAACAAGAAUUUAUUGAUCACAGAGGAUUGCAUGUAGUUGUUGGCCACUAUUUGGGAGAUGUUAACAACGUGGGGGCAAGUGCAAAUCUCACAGAUGAGUUACUUAAUCGAAACAUGUUCGACCCAAAACCGAAGGAAGGACGGGAUGGGACUCCGGUCAUUAUACCGCCUCACAUGUCUUUACAGAUGCAAAAACUCUAUAGAAUUAACAGGUUCAAUCUGAUGGCCAGUGACCGAAUACCGUUGAACAGGUCUCUACCGGACGUCAGAAAAAAAUCAUGUAGGCUGAAAAAGAUUGAUAUUGAUAAGCUUCCAUCCAGCACCGUAAUAAUUGUUUUCCACAACGAGGCUUGGUCGACGUUAAUGAGAACAGUCCAGAGCGUUAUAGAUCGUUCACCGAAAUAUUUGCUGAACGAGAUCAUUCUAGUCGACGAUGCCAGUACUCGAAAAUUUUUGGAAAAAGAAUUGGACGAUUACGUUGCCAAAUUGCCGGUCUUAACACGAAUAAUACGUUCACCAAAAAGGAUCGGCCUGAUAAAAGCGCGUCUGAUGGGAGCCCGGCAGGCGAAGGGCAAAAUAUUGGUGUUCUUGGAUGCGCACUGUGAGUGCACUUUAGGAUGGCUGGAAGCCCUCGUGAGUCGAGUGGCCGAAGACCGGAAACGCGUAGUGUGUCCCGUGAUUGACAUCAUAAGUGACGAGACGUUUGCAUACGUCAGAAGUUUCGAACUGCACUGGGGAGCAUUCAACUGGGAUUUACACUUCCGGUGGUACACGCGGACUACGCCUGAUAUAAUGAAGGGGCAGCGGGACAUCACGCAGGCGUUCAGAACCCCGGCGAUGGCUGGGGGGUUGUUCGCUAUGGACAAAUCAUACUUUUUCGAGCUGGGUGGCUAUGACGAAAGGAUGGAAAUUUGGGGCGGGGAAAAUCUAGAACUCUCGUUCAGGGUCUGGCAGUGUGGUGGCAGCAUAGAAAUAGCACCGUGUUCUCAUGUCGGACACGUAUUUCGGAAAUCGUCUCCUUACACGUUCCCCGGUGGCGUGUCUCACGUGCUGUACACGAACUUGGCACGCGUGGCGCUCGUUUGGAUGGACGAGUGGCAGGAGUUUUACUUCAAAUUCAACCCUGAAGCGGAAAAGUAUCGUGACGAACAGCAGAUCAGGACGAGGUUGGAGCUUAGAGACCGUCUGAAGUGCAAAGGGUUCAAAUGGUACCUAGACAACGUGUGGCCCGAACACUUUAUGCCAACCGAUAAAAGAUUUUUUGGAAAGAUCAAACACAUGUUGUCGAAUCGUUGUUUAGAAAAACCGUCUGGACGUGGUUCGCUGAACCAGCCCAUGGGCCCGGUCGGGAUCAGCGGGUGCGACGUUCAGGGUCGUGCGUCCCUGUCGCUCAUGUUUGUCAUGGCCCCGGAAGAAGAGCUGGACUCUGUGGUGUGGUCCGGGUCUUUGAUGACUGACGAGUCCGUGUGCCUGGACACGCCCGAGCUGGAAGCGACCGACGAAAUUGCGUUGAAGGUCCGGAUCGUCGCUUGCACGGGUCAAAAACGCCAGCGCUGGAAAUAUGAUGUAGAGACCAUGAACUUGGUUCACAUACACACCGACUUGUGUCUAGAUUUGCCCGCCGGCGAAUCCAGUAUCGUGCUCAAAGGUUGUGCUGAUCAUGCUAGUCAGAAAUGGAUUUUUGAACAAGUCCCAUGGAGAUAACUAUAUAGGUACCUAACUGCAGCCUAUUUAACCCGUGUACAUCAAUUAUUAUAUUUUAUUUAACAGUCGUCGAUUAUUUAUGAGAUGUCUUAAGUUCCUGUACAAUUGUUGGAUUUUGUUUCCAAACAAUUUAUUUGAUUAUUUUUUACUUGAUAUUAUUAAUAUAUUUUGUUGUUUUAACAUUUUUUAUUGUUUGUAUUUUUAUGAAUUACAUUUUAAUAAUAACAAAGUAAAUAUACAAAUUUGAUAUUAUACACACUACACACAUUUGUUUGCAUAGGUACUCGUGAUUAAUAUAAUUUUAUUUUUAUCUAUUAUCGACAAUAUCAACAGUGAUAAGUACGUCCUCCUUUUAUUUUUAUGUAAACGUGUUCAUAAAUGUGGGUAAUAACAAUAAUUAUGAUGUACUCAAUUUUAGAAUAUUAAAA